UAAUUGAAGUGACCCUUGUAUCGGGUCUAUAUAAACCAGGAAAAAGCCAACUCGUUUGACACAUUUGAGGGAAACGCAACUAUAUAAAGAUGAAAUUGUCCCUGAUUUUUAUAGCGGGCUGCAUUACUGCAUCGCUCUCGUACGGACAGCCUCCGUUUCAAUGGCAGGAGUUGCGUCCGGCAUCCAGAAAUCGCCAAUUCAUGACGCUGAUCGAUUUUAGGAACAACGAUGCUGAUAAUGUUAUUGCCGAUAACGAUAACUGGAGCAGCGCCGACGAGCCUUUAUGGCGUCAAGAGGAUGGCAGCGUCCCGCAUUUGCGUCAGUAUCACCACAACGAGAAUGUCAAUCAAUUUUAUUAUCCAAUGUCACCGUCAUUCCUACCGACGCCUGUCAGAGAUCACGGACGAAUCAGCUCACGCCAGAAAACUCGUCCGUUCAUUCGUCCAUCGGCGCCAUCAGACAGCACAGACAUGAUGGCUAAUAAUGCUCGUUUUUUCGCAUCAUUUCCCAACUUGUUUUUCCCUUCAAUGUUCUACUCUUAUUUGAGCAGUAUUAGCACGUCUGCGUACUCCACGUCCACUUCGUAUUUGAUUUUAAAUUCUACUUUAACGACGACGUUAAUUACUUCGUGCAUUCCACUCUCAUCGUUCAGCACCGCCUCGUUGGCCAAUGUGGCCUGUCGCAGGAAAAGACACCUGAUGGACGAAGCUGUCGUGGCAGGUGAUGAUGAAUUGGGCGUUACACAAGGUCCUAAUUACCUAUCGAACGAAGAGGAGCAAUGGAUGGAUUCAUCGUUGGUCAACAGUUUAGGGAGAACAGUGGAUCCGGAGAUUCUGUCAUCGAAGGAGGUUGAAGUAAGCGGUAUUCAGUUACCGCAUUAUUUAUUACGGCAGGGACGUUCAGCGCGUUAUACAAUUACUUCUACAUUUACGAGUUACUCAUUCUUCACGGUGAAUUCAACUAAGACUGCUUUACUGGGUUCUUCCCUAUUUUGCAUGCCCGGUGGUUUCAAAACUUGCUAAUAUUUCUUAUUUUAAAAUCUACAGCAGUGUCUAUCUGUUGGAACGGCUUCCAGAAUAGCCAAUAAUACAUUUUUAAACUAUG